CAUCCUGCUUCAGUUAUGUGCUGAGACCUCGCAUCAAAAAGGUUCAGCGUUGAAAGCGACCGUAGAUGGCGAGAGGAAGAUAAUUAUUUCGGUUAAUUAAGUGCUAAACUACAGAGGUGGUAAUGAAUCCUUAGUCCUUAUUCGGUAAUAAAAGAGGGUAAGAAAAUGGUCUUGGUCGACUGAAAAGGAUCGAAAAACAUAGUGAACGAUGCAGAAAAUAAACGUUUACCUCCUGAGUCUCAUCCUCGCGGUCCUCCUGCUGGAAGUUCGAGGAGGAGCAGAGAGCAGAGGGAAGGAUGAAGGCGCAGAAGCAGACAGCGAUUGGGCGGAGAGGCGAAAAGAAAUAAAAACUGCAAGAGACGAAAGGGAAAUAGAGGAACCAAGAAAACAGCCGCAGAAGAGAAAGUCCGGAGAAUAUCGGGCCGGUAAAGAUGGUAAUAAGAGAAAAGUUAGAGAGGAGGAUGAAGAUGGAAUAAGUGAAAACUUGAACAAAUUCAACAGAGGAUACGAAACUAAUAAAGAAGGAAACAAGAGAAAAAGAAGUGAAAGUACGGGAGACAACAGAAGGGGCAGAGCGAAUGAACGUGGACAGAAAGAGUCCACAAGAGAAGAGAAAGACAGAAAUAAAGAAAAGAAAGACGCAGCCAGAAAGAGAAGAAAUGAAAUGAAGAAAAGAAGAAGGCAAGCAAGAAAAAAUAAACGCAACAGAAUAAAAGAAGCCGACGAAGAUGAUGUAAAGAAAAGAUGAGGAAGAAAGAUGACGAAGGAAGAAAACAAAACAAAGAUAAUAAGAAGGAAAAACCGAAAAACGAAAUCAAACUAAAUAGAAAUGGCAAGGGAAACGAACGAAAGAGAAAUAAGAAGAACAACAGAACAAGAAAAGUAAGCAAAGAAAAUAGAAAUGAGGAAGGAAGGGAACGAAAGAGAAAUGAGGAGAGAGAAAGUCCGAAAAAAGAAACCAAAAUAAACAAACGAAAAGAUGCAAGGAAGGAAAGAGGCGGAAAGAGAGCCAAGAAAGAGAGAAAUGACGAUGCAAAGGAAGUAAAAGAAAAAGAUAGAAGAAUAUUCACGAAAGGAAGCGACAGCAUUUCUACCGCGGCUCAUAAGGAAUACAAACGUAAAAGAAAAGAUAAAGAUAAAAAUGAAAAGGAGGCAGAUGUUGCACUACGCUUCAGUCCCCGCAACUUCCGCAUGGCCCAGUGUAAGGUAACUUAUAAGAUGGAAGAAGAAGAAGCUUUUCUUAUGACAACCGACAGCUCAAAACAGUCUCGCAAAUGUGACAGCAAAUUUGUGGCUCCAAAAGGACACCGCCUGAACUUCACUUGCCCCGUGUUCAACCUCGCCCCCACGGGAUGCAGACAGGAGAAGUUGAUUGUGAAGGACAGCAACCUUAAAAUGACGUUUUGCACAAACGACAAUGUCGAUCUGGCGUCGAGUGGCACUUCCCUCAACAUCAAGCAUAAGAGGAAAAAGACAAAAUCGAAAGAAUGCACAGGAACCUACGUGUGCGAAGUGACUGUCGUGAGGGAAGACUUGGAUUCAUCCUCAGGAGAUGGCACAGGAGGCCAGUCAGCUUCAGUCACGACUGAUCCAUCGAAUUCAGCUUCAACAACAACUGUGACAUCGCCAGCGGCCAGUCAGGAUCGACAUUUCUGCAGCAAUUGUGGCAUCAGUCAGAUCACGGUUCCGAGGAUCGUAGGAGGCCAGGACGCAAACCGCGGGGAAUUUCCCUGGCAGGUUGGCAUCAAACUGAGCUGGGGAGGCAGGUGUGGCGGUUCCCUCAUCAAGCCUCGUUGGGUGUUAACAGCCGCGCACUGUUACAUGAGUGGGUUCACGUCCACCACUGUGUACUUAGGAGACCACGACAGGUCCGUAAACGAAGAGGGCAGCUUCGAAAUGCAAGCGGCGAGUGUGACAGUCCAUCCGGAUUUCGACAGCUUGACUCUGGAUAACGACAUAGCACUACUGAAACUAUCUUCCCCCGUGACGUUCAGCUCAACAGUGGCACCCAUAUGCCUCGCCAGACCUUCCGAAGUGCCGCAGUCGGGCGUGGGCAUUACUACGGGAUGGGGCACUACUGCUUGGCAGGGAAGUACUGCCACCGUUCUGCAAAAGGUAGCAGUGGAUUACAUCAGCAACGCUUGGUGUACUCAGCUCUAUAACGAUCGCUUCGACAUCACAGACAACAUGGUUUGCACGUACACGCCAAAAAAGGACGCAUGUCAGGGAGACAGCGGAGGCCCCCUGAUCGCCCGCGCCGCCGACGGGCGUUGGGUGCUCACGGGCGUGGUCAGCUUCGGAGAUGAGUGUGCCAAGAAGGACUCGCCCGGAGUGUUCACCCGCGUGCCUAACUACAUCUCGUGGAUCGAGGAAAACACUCCUGACGACGACUGUUAGGGUUCCGACACUGCCCUCUUGGAGACUCGGUGCACGAACACCUCAGUGCCCAGUUUUAGCACCUUGAUGAAGCGGGCGGGGAUGGCCUGACGAGAACAAGAAAAAGGGCGUUUUGAUGCGAUGCGGUGAACCGAUUCCAAGAUUAUGUUCCGGAACCUUCGACGGCGCUUUUUUGCGUCCUGUUUGUCAAUUGUUUUACUUUUGUGCUGUUUAUUCUCGGCUUAUUAGGCAUCCUUUGUAACGAUAGAUAGACUUUUAAAAUCUAUCUCACACACACACACACACACACACACACACACACACACACACACACACACACACACACACACACACACACACACACACACACA